AUGGAGGACGGACCAAUUGGAAUUGGCAGCCCCUUCUCAGCUGGGGGCCCAGGCCUCCAGGGCGAGGGGGCCAAGGAAGCCUGGCUGUUGAGUGCCUUUGGCAGAAAACAGCCCCCUCCCUGGAACAGUGAGACUGGAGGCAGGGGUGUGGAGGUGGAGGUGCGAGGCAGUUAUCAGCCUGCUAGUGGCUUCCUGUUGGAGGGCUCCCCCGAGGAUGACCCCGAGGCUCAGAGAGGGCCAGGGAUUGACAUGAGGUCUCGUGGGUGCUCAGUUCCUGGCUUUGGCCCCCACUUCUACCACUGGCUGAAGGCCUCCCUUUCUCCCGACAUUGUGAGGGUACCAGGUGAGUACCCGGGCUGUCUACCUCACCCUGGUUACGUGAUCACUGGGCCAAAGGUGGGCCUGAGGGGUUGGGGAGCAGCAGACGCCUUUAAAGAAAACCAGCUUGGGGAUGUGUGGUCAGACCCGCCCAAAGGUCUAGGUCCCCCAGACCUAGACAAAUGGCAGUUUGAUGCUGGGUCUGGGCCAGGGGACUCAGGGUAUGAGACAGCAACGAGUCACUUCUACCAGGGACAUUUCAAUGCCCUUGGGAACAAGGCCAGAGAGCAGAAGCACUUUCGUUUGUUCACUCUCCGAAAAGCUGCCCAAGUCAUGUUCUUGAAACUCUUACCCCAGGCUGUAGAUGCUACAAUUAUCCCCAUUCCGCCCCUGAGCAAACUGAGGCAGAUGCGCCUGCAGAAGUCCUACAGCCGAGUCAAGAUGAGGGUCUCUGCUCAGCGUUGUCGGAAGUGCAGCAUGGUCCUGUUUGAGGAGCUCAGGUUCAGCCAGGAAGGCACUGAGAGGGUUCUGGGGGGGGGGUCUGGUGGUGCAGAUUCUGCUGAGUGCUAUGGGGAAAGUGUGUCCCUUGGGGCCGCCCAAGAGGAGCCUUUCAGAGAGGCCCUUCUUGAUGGGCCUCACGAUGCUGAGAAUUGCGAGGGUCCCCGGAGUCUCCUGGUCAGCAAAGGCUUCCAGCACCUGGAGCUGACCCUCCUCCCUGACUCCCUGCAGGGCCUGAGCUGCCCCUCCCAGGCAGCUGCAGGGGGCGCCAGAGAGCAAGCGGGCCCAGGCUGGGAGGAAGUCCUUGCGGGACAUCCUGGAAAGUGGCCAGAGCGCUGCUGGAGGGGUGAAGCAUCACCAAAGCUGGUGUGGUCUGAGGAAGAGGACGGAGGGGGCAUGGAGAAGAAGGCUCUGGUCCCUGCCAGGCUGAGCAUCUCGAACCCAACGCUGGCCUCGGAGCUGCCUGGGCCAUCUGGGCCAUCUGGAGGGGUUUUUCAACAAGUCACCAACCUCCUGAACAUUGUGGACGAAGAUGACCAGGAGAGCAACAGUCUGAGCAGCCAAGAGGGUCACGGGUCCAAGAUGCGCAAGGCGCUGGCCAGCAUGAUCAUCAUCCAGAAAGCCAAUGCGGAGCCCUCGGAGGUCAUGACCGCGCUCAUCCACAGCCUGCAGCUGGAAGAGAUCUCCAUCAAGCGGAAGGUCAGCAUCUACACUAUUCUCCAGGGCAUCAUUCAGCAGGAAGGGGAGCUGGACGAGGAGUGUGUGCAGACGCUGGUGAACCUCGCCUCCAGGGAAAUGCGGGAGAUCCAAGAGAUCGAGGGCUACUUACUGGCAGAGACAGCCAGUGACACAUUGGUGGCUCUGUCCCGAAACCACUUUAACCUUGUCAUGUAUGAGCUGCAGCACCACCUCAAACCCCUGAUCCUGACCGAUGAGUUUGUCCUCAUCACGUUAGCCAACUUGGCCAAUGCUAAUGUCUUCGAGUUUAUGCCCUACAUGGGGAUCACACUGGCCACCAUCUUCACCAUGUUGAGGCUGGCCAACGGGGCCAAGAUGCGCCAAGUGUUCUGCAGUGCUAUGGAGACGUUCUGUGAGGCGAUUCAGUUUUACCUAAAGCACUGGGAGGACAGUGUGUACCCCAUCAUGACCGGAGAACACUUCAUGAAUAAGCUUUUGCCCAUGUACCGCCAUUUUGUCACUGUGUGGCUCCGGAGUGAGAACACUGAGGUCAAGCUGGCCGUGAUCAAGUCUCUUCGUCCCAUGCUCAACCUCCUCCUGCCUAUUGAGGAGCUGCGGGAGCAGGUGUAUGACUACAUCCCCCUGCUCCUGGCAGAGUACCAGGGCAGUGUGGAGGCCCUCUUCAUCACCCAGAUCCUGAGGCAGAUCCUGGAGGUCUCUGUCUCCAGCAACACACCAGUCCCCAAAAUGCAGCUUCACACCAUCUUUACCGAGCUGCACAUCCAGGUCUGUUCCAAGGCUCCUGCCCUCCAGCAAUUCAGCAGUGAGAACCUGGCCGAAGUUGUGCAAUGCUUCAUCGCUCUGGCCCGCUCCUACCCUGAUGAGCUGAUGAAAUUCUUCCGUAACCAAAUGCAGACGGGGAAGGAGGCCAUCCGUGUGGGGACGCUGACCCUGCUUCGGGCUGUCCUCAGUGCUGAUGUGGCUGAGUUGAAUAGUAGAACCCUGCAUCUUGCUGUCAAGGUGGUUAGAAAUGCUCUUUGUGACCCCCGAGCCAAGGUGAAGCUGGCCAUUCUCCGGGUCAUUGGCCAGCUGGCCAUCUCUGGCUACCAGGAACGGGUCAGAGGCUGGGGCCUAAGAUACGUUUCCCUGCAACUUAUAUUAUCUACCUACAGGCUGAUGAAUCGUCAGGAGAGCUGUUCUCAGGCUGAUCUGGAAGAGAAGAUGGUUCAUAAGGUCACCAUGGACACUGUGAGGAUCAUCACAGCCUCUGUCAGUGGGGUGAUAAAUGAAUUUUGGCUGAAACUCCUGGGUUACAUCAUGGAGACAGAAUACACGGAGGCCCUCACACCUAUCUGCAUCAGCCUGACCAACCUGGCUGAGCGUCAGCGCCAGGAGAAAGAAUCGAACACGAAUGUGGGUUGGCGCGGACAAGUGGAACUCCCUGCUCCUCAGAAAUUGCUGGCCCGGCUCCUGGUGCUUCUCUCAGCCCCGUAUAAGGGGGAGGGCCGAGGUGUGGCCAUGCUCCAGCUGCUCAAGACCCUGCACCAGAAUAUUGCCCCUGCCAUGGCGGACCUAUGGGAAGUUGAGAUUCCUGCUCUGAUUCAGUACCUGGAAGAGCACACACAGUAUACGUGGAACCAAAAGACCUGGGAGGACAAGCUGAUCCAGUUUUUGAGAAACUCCCUCAAGAGAACGCAGGGGACCACAUGGAGCCUGCGCCUGAGCCGGGAGCUGAACCACCAGAUCGUCAGCUACGAGAGCCCCUCGGUGGAGAAGGCCUUCCUGUACCGGGCACUGGGCUUCACACUGGCCGCAGGGCAGGAGGCUGACAAGGUGGAGAUCCAGCUCAUGGAGCUGCUUCACAAGACAGAUUAUGGCAAUGACUUUGACCGGGAGGGAGCAAUUCUGUGCUUGGGACUCUGUGCCAGGGGUCAGGUGGUCACUGUGCUCCAUGUGCUCCAAGAGUUUGAAGAGAAAAUUCAAGAGACAGAGGAUUCCUGGCAUAUCAGCGCCUGGCGGAGCGAUCACCCCUGGAGGAGGGAGGUGGUGAAAAGUGCCCUCAUGGUGAUGUACAGCAGCGUGGCUGCUCACUGCCACCCGAGGAUGCUCCUGUCCUGUGUGGAAAAGGACAUCACCAAGAAGAUCCUGCAUCACUAUGCUACCAGCUGCCAGGAUGUGUCUCUGAAGCUAGCCUUCGUCCAGAGCAUCAGUCAGAUCUGUCUGGCCAUCCAGGCCUUGGGCAAGGUGGAUUUUGACUAUACCUACAAACCUGAGCUCACGACUAACCUCAUGGCAAUCCUGAAGAUGGAGCCGCUGGACUCACUGGUGUCUCCUGUGCGCUGCCUGACGAUGACUGCGCUCUGGCACCUCAGCAAACUGAGGCCUCCUUUUACCCUCGAGGAAAACCACGAGUUGAUGGACAGGAGCAUCCAAUGUGUAUUCCCUCUCCCUCCUCCAGGAGAGGACAGUGAACAGGUCAAGACUUUGUACGAGAACUCCAUGAGUGCCUUGAUGAGGCUGAUGCAAAGCCUUCUGGAAAGAGAGAUGGAUCCCAAGGGCCUCCAGGAGACCUUCCACCUGCUUGUGAAGUGGUUACACUCAGAGAAGGACUGGGAACGAGAGAGAGCGGUCAUGCUGAGCCUUCACCUCCUGCAGGUCUACAGGGAGGGCGUCACCAUCCUUAUACCCUUGAAAUCUGGCCAGUUUGGCACUCUGAUCGGACUCCUGGCUCCACAUACCUGUGACUCCCAAGUAAGGACCCGCCAGUCCACCAUUGAUGUCAUCUGCUGCCUUCUAGACCUCCAGGGUAAGGAGACAAGAAAUCAGUGGGACACGGUGACAGAGAAGCUGCUGCUGGACAUCAAAGAUGAGCUGAAGACGACCAACAUGGAGAAGAUUUACUCCCUGUCCUCCAAGAUCGCCAAGGUGAUUAGCAAGGAAGUUCGAUGGGAAGAGCUGGUCAUCCUUCUCCAGAGCACCUGUGAGAGCCUGGGGGCCACCAACCUCACCCAUGACAAGGCCGCCGUCACGUGGCUGAACACCAUCCUCAGGCUCCGGAGCCAUGAAUUGGAAGACAAGGUACCAGAGAUCUUGAGCACCAUCUUGGCACACCUGCCCUUGGUGCUUCAUCCAGAUGUGCGGCGCCCCCUGGUGGAAGCUGUCCUCCUGCUGGCUCACUCCUACCAGGAGCCGGUCAUUACCUCCCUCCUGAGGCAGCCUCUGCCUCUAGACAGCAACAUUACUGAGUUGUGGGAAGCCCUGGCAGAAGACUCUGCCUUUGCUCGGAAGAUCCUCCAGGCCCUGAUGGCCAGAAUCCAGGCCAAGAAAGCUCCCAGGAGCAGCCCAGCCUCCAAGAAGGACAUCUGGCGCCUGGCUGCUGUGGACCCUAUUACGGCGGUGUGUGCCCUCCACAAGAUCACCAUGGCGCUGGACAGCGGGGAGAAGCUUCAGGAUAUCUUUCCAGAGCUGUCCUGCACGGUCCUCCAGGAGCUGAGCAGCAGCACCGGGCCAUGGCAGACCUCGCUGACCCCAGACACCUGGGGAGUCAUCCGGACUGGAAACCUGCAGAACAAAAUCACGCCCCGCAGUCCUAACUGCAUCCUCCUCCUCCUCAAUACACCCCAGGGGCUCUCUACUGCCUCCAGGAGCAAGCUGCCCCCAGCCUCCUGGCUGUCCCGUGAGCAAGAUGCUCCAUCUCUGCUCUGGGCAUUUUCUCUGGCUUCACCCAGGCUCACCAUCAAAACCCUGCAGGGUGUGCUGAGCCGAGCUGGGAGUGAGGAGAUGAUGUAUAGCCUGGUAGACCAGGGGGUGUGGACCCUCCUGGAGGACCCCAGGACUCACAUCGAUGGAAUGUGUCUCCUGGCCAGAACCAUGAUCCUGCACAUCAGUGCUUAUAGCCAGAGGUUUGCGCAGCUGCUCCUCCCAGGCUUGGACUCUGAAUUCCUCCCCUGGCGUCUCAGCAGCACAGCCUUCUUCAUAGAACUCAUGUGUGACCCAGUUCUCUACAGAAAGAAGAUGCUGAAGUCCACAGUUCUAAAGCUGGCCAAGGGGGCCAGCCACGUGCACAGCACCCUGCGCCUGCUGUCCAUACGGGCCCUGGGCAACCUGGCCAUUGGGGCUCCCAGCAAGGUGAAACACUACCGGAAGCUUCUGCUAAAGAAGUUCCUGUGCUCGCUCAGUGACCCCCUCAGCACCCAGGUGAUCUCAGAGACCAUGGUGGCACUGACCAAGGUGCUGGGGCUGAUGGCUGAGGAAGACUUGGGCUCCUCCUUCGAGGUCAUCUCCAUGCAGUGCAGGGCUUUCUUCGAUGAUGAGAAUGAGAUGCUUCGCUUGCAGGCCAUCAUCCUGUUUGGGAAGCUCGCCAUCUGGGUAGGGAAGAAGAGGGACUUCUUCACCAUGGAGGUCAGGAAGAGCUGGAUCCCCCUGAUUCUCCAUCUGCAGGACCCCUGCCCAGAAGUGGCCAAGGCUUGUGAAACCACCAUUUGCUUGUGCAUUCCCUUCUGGGGCUGGAGGAGACUACAAAUGACCUUAGAGAAGUUUGUCAACCAAGGCACUGACCUGAGCCUCUUCCAGAUGGAAAUGUGCAGUUACCUGGCCAGGAAAGACCCUGCCCUCUUGGACACUUUUUGUGCAGAAGCCAUUGGCUACUAUGACAGCGAGUGGGCCAAGAUUAAGGCGGCUGCCUGCACAUUUACAGGGUACGUUCUGGAGCAGGUGGUUCCCCAGAACCUGGGGGAGAUGGACUUGGAGCGGCUGCAUCAAUGUCUCCAAGCGCUACAGAUGGACUCUGAGCCCAUUGUCCAGAGUGCUGCGAAGGAGACCAUUUCUCUUCUCCGGGGCAGGGAGCUAGAGAAGAGUGGGAACAUGCCUGCGAGCCUAGUGGAGAUGCCUGUUCCCUUAGAGUCAUAG